GAGGCGAAAAGAGGGCCGUCAUUUAAAAUCAGAAAUACGGGUAAUAGGGAGUAUUAUUAUUCUAUUAUCUCAAGAAAAAAAGGGUGUAUUAUUCUAUUUCUACAUAGAUUUGACGGAGUCGAUCGGAAGUACCAGACAAGAAUCUCGGUGCUACGGCCGCAGCAGCAUCUCACCUUUCCGGAGAAGAUGCCGGCAAUGUCUACAAUACGACCUGUGUAACUUAAAGAAGGUAAGAAUCAUUAUAGUGAGUUCUACCAAAAAAAGCUACGGCUUCGACUUCAAAAUUAUGUUGGGAUUGUCAUAUGGAGAAAUUUUUCUUAUUCUUGGAGCCACUGCUGCCCUUAUUGGGCCUAAGGAUCUUCCAAUCAUAGCAAGAACAGCUGGUCGAUUAGCAGGGCGAGCUAUUGGUUAUGUUCAAUUGGCUCGUGGACAAUUUGAUAAUGUCAUGCAACAAACUCAGUUCCGUCAGGUUAAUAAAGAAUUGCAAGAUACGAUGGCUCAACUAGAUGCUAUUCGUUAUGAAAUUCGUAGCAUAUCCAUUAUGAACCCUGGUCUAUUGACGCAAAGGCUGAUGGAUAAUCCUGAUCAGAAUGACACUGAUGCAGGGGCUACUGUGAAUGCCAAGCCUUCAAAUAUUAAUGAAAAGAGCACUGUGACUAAGGGACAUCAGGACCAGCAUCAACAAAGCCAACAAAGGUUGCACGAGUUUAAGACAGAGACAAGCACGUUUAAGGAGCAUGUCUCGCCAGCUUCUGGAACUUCCAACUUGUAUAGCCAAGCAGCUGCUUUUGCUAAGUUGGCAGAAUCACCAGCCCUCAAAGCUGAUACAAUGGAUCGUAGUUUGAGUGCGAACACAGUUGAUGACACACCUGGCCUUCUGUCAGUCCUUCCAGUAUCAGCUGAAAGUGCAGGUUUACUUCCAGUUCGUAAAGGUGAUGCAACUGGUUCUGACAUAAUAUUAGAAGCAGUGUUAGAGGCAGAAGUUGCGCGAAAUGCCAAAGAAUUUUUUUCCAAGCCAGAAAAUCUGAUCAAACAUGAAUGAUGCACAUAGCAGUAAAAAUAAUUCUUUUUAUAUGGUGAAGUUCUUUUUCUUCUUUAAUCUAUUUGCUCAGUCAAGAAUCAAGAUCAGUGUAAUAUAAUUUGCUAGUUAAUUCGCUUUUUGAAUUCGCGAUUCACUUAAAAUAACCCUAAAAUAACCCAAAAUCGACCAUAAUUUGCUUCUUUUUUUAUCUGUUUCGCAAGGAGAUUAGUGAAUCAUAUCCUAUUGCUAGAGUAUUAGAUCUCACAAAAAAGUAAGAUUGCACUUGUGCUGAUUGCUUCUUUCAAUAGGCUUUUCCUUGGUGUAAAACUUGGUGACGAAUAAAUGAACAAAGCUCCAGUUUCAAUGAUUGGCUGUCUUGUGAACUGUGAUGGGUUAUUUCUUUCUUUUUGCCUUUACAAAUUACUCUUACUUGAGAAUCUUGUUACAGGCACCUGCACAAAAAAAUAAGGGCCGUUCCUGAGGGUAGGCAAGGAGUGCCGCUGCCCAGGGCCCAACAUUCAUAGGGUCCUAAUUUCAGUGUAAUCCAUGAGUGUACAGUAAAUUUAUUUAAGAAGAAGCCACAUUUGAGCGAGGAGAAAGAUGUGUCAUGAAGAAAACAAUUUAUUUCAAUAUAAAGGGAUUCUUCUCUAUUUUUUUUUAAGUACUAAUUAAAAACCAGAAUCGAUCUUCUAUAGGGAGGACCCAUAUCUAUUAUUUUGCCUAGGGCCUACAAAAUGCCUAGAACGGCACAAAAAACAUUUGAGAUAGUUUGAAUUUGGUUGAUAUUGUUUAGUCAAUGUUAAGUUCUUGUAUGAGUAGGAAUGUGGUCAUUGUUAAGACAGUUUCAACUUUCACCCCUUCAAGGUUGUCAUUGAUAAUAAAUGCAUGAAAUGGUUUCUUGUUUUUUUUGAGUAUGUUGGUGGUCAUCAAUCAAUCAUAGACUAUAUGUCAUAAGUCAUAACCAGUGUUACCAGGAUCGUUGGUUUGGCCGGCGAACCUCGAUCCAGGUCAAUCGACCCCAAUCGCGGGUCAAGGAUGACCUAGAUCGUUGGGAAACGUGUUUUGGAUCGCCUUUUUAAUCGACCCCCAUUGAAGCUUGAUUAAUACGCCUUGCAUGUUCUCUGUUUCAUUUUCAUCUUCAAAUCCUUUUUUGAAAGCUUUUUACUUUGUUGAAGAUAAACAUUUUAGAUAGAACUCUUGAAAGAAGAUGAAGUUUUACAGAAGAAAAUUUGAAAUCCAGGUUGUUUUAAAAAAGAUUAAAUUUUUGAAAGAAAGAACAAAGUGAAGGUGGGAGGCGGCACAGCUGGAAUUAGGUUUUUUUUCCAUGGCCCUUGGUUUUAGGCCUUUUAGCUGAAAUAAGAUUUGGACUUUUUAAGUACAGGUGUAAGGUUUUCCCUUUGGGCCAAGGCUUUUUUUAAAAAUGUUAUUUAUUUAUAGGAGUCUUUUGGGCUUUUGAGUACAACUAACCUUUAAGUACAUCAAUGCCCACCUUCAUUAUAGGAAGCAUAUAGUAAUAAUUCUUAGCUAUUAAUUAUUUUAUUUUUGAUUCUUGUAUAUUGAUCUCUUUUUUAUAAUUUCUAUUUUUUAUCUCUCAUUUUGAAACAAUUAUUUAUCCAUAAGGUAACCGAUCCCAAAAUGUUCCUCGAUCCCAACUAUAACGUUCCCAACCCAUAAAGAUCACGACCCAAAGUUUUUUCGUACCAACCCCAUAUUUUUGAAAAUGGCGAAUUACGUACCCGACCCCGUUCCUCGACCCGAAUCGUUCCUCGAUCCUGGUAACAAUGGUCAUAAUUCAUGAGCAUAGACCAUAGUGCAAAAAUGCGAAUUUUCAGUAAGGAUCAAGGUUAUGUGAUAGCAGAGGUGAUGCGGUAAUAGGGGUGAUCUGUUGACGUACCGAUAAAUUCGGGUCAAUAAAAUGAGAUACCCUUUUAUAACUCGCCAAUAUGAUACAAUGUGUUUUGUUACACCUUUAUGGUAAGGGUAGCACUUCUUGAAAACUUUUACAACUCGGUCGAUAUGAUACUUGCGGCCUUGUUUUUUGUACUAUGCUAAUGAAAUAUGCUAUCAUGCUCUUUAUUGAUUAUCUUUGCUGUAAUAGUCAUUUGAAAAUUAAAUAAAUACAUUACAAUUUGCUAUGAAAUACAAUUGCAUGUUGGUGCAGAAAACUGGGUUGGUGGCUUGGUGGCUUGGUGCCAUAGUGAUAAUAAAGUGAUUUGAAAUUAUCUUGAGACCAAGAUGUUUGCCCCUUCAAUUAAAGCAUCAAAACUUGCACCCCAUCCUGAGCAGGUCACAUGUGCGCAUCUGUUUUUUUUUAUAUAUAUAUAUUUUUUAUUUUUUUAUGGAGGAAAAGGGAUUGGAUUGGUUUAGGGUGAAAGGAAGCAGUAGUUUAGAAAGGGGACCUACAGCAGAGACAAUGAUGUUUGAUGUACAUAAUUCCUUUAGUAUAGAUUUGCAAUCACUUCAUUCUUUCCUUAAGUUUAGACUUUUGGACACAUUUUUAUUUUUGUCCCAAGUCAAUAGACCAGUUUUAAGGUCUAGUAAGCUAUCCUUGGUGAUAAUGUGUUCAAGAAUAAUCGAUAUUUUUAGAAAGUGACGAAUGUUACGGACUUUUGCAAUCAUUGAAGUGAAAAAUGUGUGGGAACAAUUUUAAUCUGCUGAUAAUCCUUUGGAGAUAGCUAAAAAUGUUGGAGUUUUGAAGCGAGGCAACCUUGGCAUUAAAUAUGAAGGGUUAGGCUACAUUUUGGUGGGUGAUUAGAUGAAGGGUUGGCUGUCAAUAUUUUAGAAGGACACAUAGGAAGGAUAAAACAAAGUGUACAUGUUCAUAGCUACUUUUUAGUUCACGGAAUGUGGAUUUAUGGAAGUAAUCUUUGCUAAUUGGGAGUAAGUGUGAUCCUCACUCAAUUGCACCAGGGUCCAGGUGAUAGAAUUUGUUACUAGGUGGACUGCUGCUACAAGAAUUUUUUGUAUACAUUUAAAGUAAUGAGUGAUGGAGCUUGCCCUGAGUUGCUUUGAGAGCUUACUGAUGCAAGAGGGAUGGUUUGGUGGAUGUGUGAAAAGGCAAAGGUCACAGAUGGCAAGGGAGAGUGGCAUGUGGAAGUGUGUUGUGUUGUGAAGGCUUAUGGGUGGCUGAGGGUACUGUGUCAGGAGUACUCAGGAGCCAGACAAUAAUCCUGUCUCCCGAUCUUCAUUUAUUUGGUUACCUAAGCUGAAUUGUAUGCUAUUUAACUAGUAGUUGGAGACAUCUGGCCGAUGAAGAGUUGUUGAGAUGUGCAAGGACUCGCUUUCGGCAGUUAAGGCCUUCUAAAAUCCUCACAGAGGACAAAAUGGCUGCUUUGAUUAACAUGGAAAUCAAACACAACCUUGUAGCUGUAACCAUUAUUGCUUUUCUAUAUGAAAGAGUUAAUAUGUAGGAGUUAGGUGCUACAGGACACCCACGAGCUGAUUGUCAAAGCGAGAAAUCGGGAAUUUUCCUUGUUUAUCCCCCUCUGCCUCACAUUAACUCAGAAAUCUUUUUAUUUAUUUUUUCAGCUGAUAAGUUGCAUACCUUCAUGGCCAUGUUCUUACAUUUGUUAUUUCCUCUUCAGGUUUUCUUGCGAUUGUAUAUCCAAAUCUUGGUCAAGGACUCUGUUAGUAGCCAUCACUUGGGGUGGCUCAGAAGAAUCAUGACUUUUGGGUCAAUAUCAUUGAUAAAUUGACACAAUCACUUGUAGCUACGUAUUGCAGCUACAUGCAACUCCUGCUCUGGCUUUGGCUCAUCUUGAGGAAAAACUGGACCAGGAAGUGCAGCCUUGGCUGAUGCUUGCUGUUUUUGAAUGACCCGAGCCUAAUUCAUGCAGUUCAACCUUGAAUGAUGAUGAUCUUCUUGUCGAUUCUCAGAUCCCACGGUCAGUUGAACUCCUCAGAUUGUUCGUCAGGAGAAUAUCUAGGGUUGGUGAGAUAUUUCGUACAAACAUUGCUGGCUCAUACCAUGGUUUUCGCCGUCAUUGAACAUCAAAAGAUUGAUUUCUAUUCUCUGAUGUUUAAUAUGAUAAUGUACUUUUGAUUGAACCCGGCAUCAACCAUUUUUCUCUUUAAUCUGAAAGAAACUAGUUUUUUGUUUUUUGAAAGCAUCAUCCGGAAUUGUUUGCUUUACAAUGUGCGAGGAAAUAAUAUUUGAUUUUUCCUUU